AUGGGAGUGGUAAAAAAAACCAAAGUUUCCGUCAGAAGUCAGUCCAAGCUGGUCGCUGUCAGGGCUUCUGCCUCAACUGACACUUCCGAUGCAGACACAGGAGCGACAGCCAACUUGAAGGAAUUUCUAGGCGAUUUGAAGAACGUCGGCAGGGUCCGGCUGAUUGUUAACACUGGAUUAGGCGUUCUCGAAUCAGUCACAACCCUAGAUGGACUUUUUUAUCACACUCUUCCUGGCAAAGGCGAGUACGCCAAUGUCAUCAAGUCAGAGGAGAAUGUGGACUUCCACCUGCUGUUGAGCUCGGUUUCUGGUGCGAAGCUGAUCACUGGAAAGUCCAUGCGCGGUGACUUUCCCACCUACACUGUUCGGUUCUUGAACGCGGAGAAAGAAGUCGGAGCCAGUAUCUUCGUCAUGUGGAAACCAGGUGCUGAUCUCUUCUCCUUCAUACUUCUCCUCCCGUUCCCAGUUGCUCACUCGUUCUUACUUAUUCCUGAGCACUCACAUUGA